AUGGCAGCCUUGACAGGACAAUAUAGCUCUCCUUUUGGCAAUAAUUUCAAGGCUUACGUGAUAUCUUCGGUAAAUAAUUCAUCCGUUGUAAUCAAGUCUGCUAUUGUUUCUGUGAUAUCUUGCUAUCUUUUGGCAUUAAUACCUUCGGUGCAAAAAGUACUCUUGAUGGCACCAGGCCGCUUAAUUCCACCAAAUUUCUCUUUGUGGAUGUUAGUUACCGCUGGGUUAACAGAAAACUCUAUAGUUAAGGUUAUCAUUGAUAUAGCCGUAUUAUUAACUGCUGGUAAACUUAUUGAACCAUCUUGGGGAGCACUUGAGUUUUUGAAAUUUAUUGGCUUGAUCAAUGCCACAGUAACUGGUGGUGCCGCUAUGACUUAUAUCAUAGCAUUUACUGGCUUCGGUGGAUUGAUCGGAACCACUUUUGCCUUAUCUGUCGCGCUUAAGCAGUCAUACAGCGAAGUUAAAAUUAUUCCAUUAAGAACUUCUUCAGUUAGAGCUAAACACGUUCCAAUUAUUCUAAUUUGUAUCGUGGCAUCGUUAUCGCUGUUAAAAGUCUUAAAUAUGUCCGAUCUAUGCAUGGCUUUUUUCGGUUUUCUCAAUGGCUGGAUAUACUUAAGAUUUUUGCAGAAGAAAGCCAAUGAAUCUAAAGGAGAUUUUUCCGAUGGAUUUGCAUUUGCUACCUUUUUCCCUGAAGUUAUUCAGUAA